GUGUACUCAGGAGUUUGUACAGAGAUCUUCAAAAGAGAGUGUGUGAUCUUCCAGAAACCAGUCUACUGCUUUGUUCAUCUGCGCAUUCAGGAGUUUCUGGCUGCUGUCUACAUGUUCCACUGUCUCAACAACAGGAAGACUGAUGUGGUGGAGGAGUUCCUGGGAAACAGUUAUUGGAAAUCAAGUCUGUAUGAUUUCCUGAAGAGAGUCAUGGAAAAAUCCCUCCAGAGUAAAAAUGGCCACCUGGACCUGUUUGUUCGCUUCCUUCAUGGCCUCUGUCUGGAGUCCAACCAGAGACUCUUAGUAGGUCUGCUGGGUCAGACAGAGAUCAGUCCAGGAACCAUCCAGAGAGUCAUCAACAACCUGAAGAAGAUGAACAGUGAUAAAAUCUCUCCUGACAGAAGCAUCAACAUCUUCCACUGUCUGAUGGAGAUGAACGACCUCUCAGUACAUCAGGAGAUCCAAGAGUUCCUGAAGUCAGAGAACAGAUCAGAUAAGAAACUCUCUGAGAUCCAGUGCUCAGCUCUGGCCUUCAUGCUGCAGAUGUCAGAGGAGGUUCUGGAUGAGUUGGACCUGCAGAAGUACAACACAUCAGAGCGGGGACGACAGAGACUGAUUCCAGCUGUGAGGAACUGCAGAAAGGCUCGACUGAGUCACUGUGACCUGUCAGAGAGAAGCUGUGAAGCUCUGGCCUCAGCUCUCAGCUCUCAGACCUCUAAUCUGAGAGAGCUGGACCUGAGUAACAACGACCUGAAGGAUUCAGGCGUGAAGCUUCUGUCUGAAGGACUGAAGAGUCCACACUGUACACUGGAAACUCUCAGUCUGUCAGGCUGUCUGAUCACAGAGGAAGGCUGUACUUCUCUGGCCUCAGCUCUGAGCUCCAACCCCUCCCAUCUGAGAGAGCUGGACCUGAGCUACAAUCAUCCAGGAGACUCAGGAAUGAAGCUGCUGUCGGCUGGACUGAAGGAUCCAGGCUGGAGAAUCGACACAAACACAGUGAACACAAAGCUCCAACUGUCUGACAACAACAGGAAGGUGACACGUGUGGAGGAGGUUCAGUCAUAUCCUGAUCAUCCAGACAGAUUUGAUGUUUAUCAGCUGCUGUGUAGAAAUGGUCUGACUGGUCGCUGUUACUGGGAGGUCGAGUGGAGAGGAGAGGUUCGUAUAUCAGUGAGUUACAGAAGAAUCAGAAGGAAAGGACGCAGUGAAGACUGUGUGUUUGGAUGCAAUGAUCAGUCCUGGAGUCUGUACUGCUGUGGGAUUGGUUACUAUGUCAGUCACAAUAACAGAGGAACACCCAUCUCCUCCUCCUCCUCCUCCUCCUCCUCUGUCUCUAACAGAGCAGCAGUGUAUGUGGACUGUCCUGCUGGCACUCUGUCCUUCUACAGAGUCUCCUCUGACACUCUGAUCCACCUCCACACCUUCAACACCACAUUCACUCAAACUCUUUAUCCUGGGUUUAGACUCUGGUCUCCUGGUUCCUCAGUGUCCCUCACACUCACUCUCACUCCACUCCACGCCACCAGGGAAACAGAUCGGGGUCACGGACGAGUCCGAGAACCUGAGCACAAGAGAACUGCGGUGAGCAUAAACAGAGUCAUCACACGACAAACGGGGUUUAUCGGGGCUGUACUGAUGAGAGUAAGUCCACCACCCAGCGAAGAAGCCUUCUGA